GAAAAAUGAAAUAAAUACACAAGUUGAGAAAACUUUACACCAUUAUAAUUGCCACACAAACCUCAAUUCCCACCUCCUUUAGACCAAACAAUUCAGUCACUUUUCUCCACUCUCAAGUUCAAUUCCUAAAAAUUCCUCCUCAAAUGGCCAAACCAAACAACAACAACUAUAUAAGCAAUAUUUCUUCCCAAAAGCUCCUCCUAUCCCAAAUCCACUCCCUCCUCACAAACCUCAAGAACCUAUCAACCCUCACAACACUCCUCAUGCUCAUCAGCUCCCAAUUUGCCUUACUCCUCACACAAAAACCCUUCAAUCCAAUUUACCAUUUUCUCCCUGCCUCACUCUUACUCCUACUAAUCACUGCCCGAACAUCACUCCGCGCCUUGUGGGCCCCACCGCCUUUGUACCUCCUCGACUUCUCGUGCCUCAAACCCCCCAACUUUUGCCGCGUCCCAACAUCAACCUUUCUCGAGCAUGUCUCGAUGCUCGACUUUCUCAACCGCGAGAGCAUGUCCUUCAUGUCGAAGGUCCUCAAACACUCGGGGCAGGGCGAAAUGACGUACUUGCCCCCGGCCAUCCACACGAUCCCCCCGAGUUCCUCCCACGGGGAAGCAGCCCGCGAGGCCCGUCUCGCACUUUUCCCCGUGUUCGAGACCCUUUUAUCCAAAACGGGCCUCGGCCCGAGUGAGGUCGACGUUCUGAUAGUGAACUGCAGCGGGUUCUGCCCGGAGCCGUCGCUGACGGCGGCGGUGGUGAGGGAGUACGGGCUGCGGGAGGACGUGAAGAGCUUCAACCUGAGCGGGAUGGGGUGCAGCGGGAGUGCGCUGGCCGUGGCGGCGGCGGCGGACGUGCUGAGGGGCGGCAGGCGGCCGGGGAACGCGGUGGUGCUGAGCACGGAGGUGCUGUCGACGGGGUGGUAUCCGGGGAGGGAGACGGGGAUGAUGGUGCUCAACUGCGUUUUCCGGUGGGGGGCGGCGGGGGUGGUGGUGACCAACCGGAGGGAGGCGGGGAGGACGGCAAAGUACAGGCUGGUGUGUCGGGUGAGGAGUCAGACGGCAUGGGACGACAGGGGAUAUUAUUCCGCCAUUAGGGAAGAGGAUGGAGAGGGGCUCACCGGAGUUACUUUCCGCCGGGACUUGCUGCAGGUGGUAGGAGAAACACUACGGUCCAACAUCUCUAUACUCGGCCCCAAAAUCCUACCCUACACCGAAAUAUUACUGUAUGUUUACUCGAUCAUCAAGAAGAAGUACAUAGACAAGUCAACAGAAAUUUACGUGCCCAAUUUCAAGAGGAGCAUGCAGCAUUUUUGCCUGCCGGCCUCCAGCAAGCCCUUGAUUCAGGAAAUCGGGAAGGGUUUGAAGCUCGGGGAGAAGGAUAUGGAGGCUGCAUUAAUGACACUUCACAGGUUUGGUAAUCAGUCUUCUUCAUCAUUGUGGUACGAGCUUGCUUACAUUGAGGCUAAGGAAUGGGUCAAGAAAGGUGAUAUGGUGUGGCAACUGGGCUUGGGCAGUGGGCUCAAAUGCACUAGCCUAGUCUGGGAGUGCAUCAGGCCCAUUGUUGGGGAGGCCCAAAAUGGAGUAUGGGCUGAUAGUAUUGACAGGUACCCUGUUGUAGGGUGUGGUCAAAAAUCGUCUUAGUUUGGGGAAUUUCAAAUUUUCCACAUUAGAACUUUGAUGUUUACAUGAAUGAAAUUAUGAAUUCAUCGGUCUUAUUUAAUUGCUAUAAAUUUAGAGGCCAUAUUGCAAAUUCUGUCGCGUAAAAUUAGAAUUUUU